AUGGGCAAUUCGCGAACAAAAAACAAAAAGAAUUCAGCCAAAUCCGAAAAGUCUGUCCUCCACUCAGUGGGCAGCACCGUCUCCAAACGCAAAAUGGCAGACAGCUCUACAGAAUUACUCGAAAAGGCCACCAUCCUCUUACAAACAGGCCAAGCCGAAGCGGCUCUCCCUCUAGCUCAACGUGUGAUCGAAAUCUCCGACGAAAAUUCGCCCAAGGACACAUUAUUGGCGAUCAACCUCAUCGCAGAGAUAUAUGUCGAACUUGGCGAAAUCGAUGCCGCACGAGAGAGCUUUUUACAUGCUGUACAACUUGAUCCAGAAGGAAUAAUACCUGAGUCGCAAGGUGGAGGGGCGGAGAAGUUCCUGUGGCUUGCGCAAUUGAGUGAGCAAGGUGGUGCGGAUAGUGUGGCAUGGUAUGAGAAGGGCGUUAGCGCUUUGAGACAUAUUAUCCAAACUCUCGAACAUAAUGGGGGCACAGACACGCCUUUGGUGUUAGAAGAGAAGAGGAAGAAGUUGGCAGUUGCUCUAUGCGGCGUGGUGGAAUUAUAUAUGACUGAUCUUUCAUGGGAAGAUGACGCCGAGACACGAUGCGAAACCCUAAUUACCGAAGCCCUCCUCGUCGCACCCGAUCAACCAGAUUGCCUACAGACCCUCGCGUCUGUAAGAAUUUCCCAGACACGCAUUGACGAUGCGCGCGCUGCUCUUUCCCGCAGUCUAGAGCUAUGGCAAGACUUACCGCCUGAAGACCCCAAAAUCCCAGAUUUCCCUUCGCGCAUUAGUCUUUCACGACUACUCAUGGAAGUACAAAUGGAGGUUGAGGCACUUCAGGUGUUGGAGCGAUUGAUCCUUGAAGAUGAUGAGAGCAUUGAGGCUUGGUAUCUGGGUGGGUGGUGUUUAUACUUGUUGGCAGAAAAGGAGAAAGAAGAAUCAUCUGAAGAGAAACGCCAUGAGUCCAUGGUCGCCAGUCGCGGAUGGCUAAAACAGAGCUUGAAGCUGUAUCAGAAACUCGAAUAUGAGGAUGAGAGGCUCAGGGACCAUGCACUUGAGCUAGUUCAGGAAUUGAACAAAGAGCUCGGUGAUGAUAUGGAUGAUGACAGCGACGACGAUGGGCCUGUUUUCCCGGGUGCUGAAGGGGAGGAUGAAGAGUGGGAUGGGGAGAUUGAGGCAGAGUCCGAUGAUGACGAUGAAGAUCAUGAGAUGGAGGAUUCAUGA